UCAAGUUCAAUUUUUUUUAUCGUUUAUAAAGUAAUUACGUAAGAAUUUCAAAUUAGAACUUCCGAGAGUUUAAAUAAUCUUAUACGUAUUGUGGCUUUGUAAAAUCAGAAGAGGUUUGGAUUUAUUUUAUGUUUAAACGUUUUGGACGAUGUAGGCAGAUCCACCAACCAGUUUGUGGAUGGCGCCGUAAAGUCAAAGUGUGACAGCUUGUUUUGGUUGAUUCCAGGAUGAUGUUCAUGUUUUAAUUUUUGCCAUCACAGCUCAGAGCCCGCAUCUUCUGAUCUGGUGUUUUAUAGUGAUUUUUGUGUUGCUGUAUCUUUGACGAAAAUGUCAGCUAAAGCGCGCCACGUUCACCUCCUCGUGGGAGAGGUGAACGUCUUACAUGCUGCCAUGAAGCGAGCUCAAAAAUGGAAUUCUACUCAGGAUGAUCGUAAUCAGCUCCUGGAGAAAGUAGUCACUCUGAAGCAAAUUUUAAGCAGCUGCGAAGAUCUUGACCAAAUUGAUGCCAAGACGUUUUUGCUUCCAUUUUUGGACAUAAUUCGGGCGGAAGAUACCAGUGUGGUCGUUACUACACUGGCGCUGACGACGGUGCACAAAAUCCUAACUUACCGAAUAUUAGAUCAUCGAAGCAAAGCAGAAAUUGCUAGUGUCGUGGAGCAAAUAUGUAAAUCAGUUACCCGCGCACAGUUUACCGGAUCAAAUCCUGCAUCGGAUGAAGGAGUUCUUAUGAAAGUGCUGGACGUACUGAAAACAUUAGUGAUAAGUCCACCGGGAAAUUUUCUAACGAACGAAUCGGUGUGUGAGAUCGUUGGGUCAUUUUCCACCAUGAGUUUGACACCAAAAUUAUCCAUGCUUCUAAGGACAAUAUCCGAUACGUUUCUUACCGAAAUCAUCCAGCACUUAUUUGCCCGUUUGGACCGCGAAAAAUUGGGAGAAGAGAUGAAAGAUUCGACUAAGCGCACAAUGAAGAAAAAGCUUCGAAAUCAUAUUCUGAAACGGCGCGCUCCUGUUCCGCCUGUCCAACCCGCUGCCGUUCCGGAAGUGGCCGCCGACAGUGCCCCCGAUGGAGAAACUUCAGAACCGUCGGUAUCCACACAGCCGAAGGAUUCCGUAUCAGUGCAAUCGGAAUCGGUGGCAGAAAGUGGAGGAGCGCAAACCGGUUCGCAGUCCGAUAGCGUUCUAUCGACAUCCGAAUCCGUGUUGACGGAAGCUACGAUAACCAGUGCUGGUGAAUCUGCCAGUGUGGUGAAUUCCGAUUCCGAACCGCCUACUCCGGCACCAGUGUCCUGGAGUAUGGGGGAGGCGGCUGCCCCGGACGAAGGGGAUGUGGACGAUGAUUUGGAAGAAGAAGGCAGUCCAGAGCGAGAAGUCAGUGAAGCCGAAACCGUUGAGACUAAAGAGGAUUCGGUGGAUGAAAGAGGAAUCCGAUUUAGUUCACCGUUGCCGAAAAAUGAUUCUACCGGCGCUUAUAUCCCGUACGGAUUGCCGGCCAUCUCCGAAAUAUUGUGGUACAUUGUUACCCUUAUUCGAUCCGAAGAGAAAAUUGAACGAAAUUCGGAAAUGGAAUUCGAAUUGAAGCUGAAUCUUGGAUUAAAACUCCUGGGAACUGUGCUGGAAACAUCGGCACAUGCCUUCCCUGAGCAUCCAACCUUGAUGCCGUUGAUCAAAGACGAACUGUGUCGAAAUCUUACAUUUUUGCUACAAAAUGACCGGCUGUCCAUCUUUACCUUGACAUUGCGCUUAUCAUUUUUUGUCUUCGAAUCAAUGCGAAGAUCUCUCAAGCUUCAGAUGGAGCAUUUCUUUCUAUCACUAAUGGAAGUUAUCUCAUCUGACACUCCAAAAUAUACACCGGAACACAAGGAAGCUGCUAUUGAUUUGAUUAUUCGGUUAUGGCGACUUCCUGGAUUUAUUGCAGAGAUCUAUCUGAAUUACGACUGCGAUUUAUACUGCAGUGAUCUUUACGAGGAUCUUGUUAAGCUUCUAUCCAAGAAUGCGUUCCCUGUCGGAAAUCUGACCAACGUUAACGUGCUCGCCCUGGAAUGUUUAUUAAUCGCCGUGGAGAAAAUUGAUCGCAACUGUCAGAGAGCGUUGCUGGAUACACUUCCACGAGAACUUCCCCCUGCGGAGCACGCAAUGUUGCAGAAACAUAAAGUGAAGAAGAAGCUGCUCAUAAAUGGCACUGAAUUAUUUAACAAGAAGCCUCCCAAAGGCAUUGAAUGCCUACAAGAGCAUGGCUUACUGAGCCAUCCACUGCAGCCGGCGGAAGUUGCCAAGUUUCUCCGGGAAAAUUCUCGACUGGACAAAGCUAUGAUUGGAGAAUUUAUUAGCAAACGAGAGAACACGCAAGUGUUGAGCGCUUUUAUGAAAACUUUUGACUUUGCGGGCAAACGUCUGGAUGAAGCACUCCGCGACUAUCUGGAAUCCUUCCGUCUUCCGGGUGAAUCUCCCCUCAUCACGCAUAUUAUGGAACAUUUUGCCGCCCGUUGGCAAUUAACCUGCGGUAGUCCCUAUCUGUCCAAUGAUUCCGCCUUUGUGAUGUCCUACGCGAUUAUUAUGCUGAACACCGCACUACACAACGAGACCGCCAAGAAACAGGCUGCACUGACACUGAAUGACUUUAAGAAACAACUCUCGAAAGUCAACAAAAAAGACGGAGCGCAGACCGGAGAGGAUUUUGAUGCUGGUCUACUAGAGCAGAUUUAUCACAGUAUCAGUCAUGAAGAGAUUGUUAUGCCGGCCGAACGUACCGGGCGGGUGAAGGAUCUCUAUUUGUGGAAGAUGCUGUUGCGGCGGGCGGAUAAAGCCAGCUACAGUAAUGUGGCGUGUGGUUCCUUUGAUAGUGAACUCUUUGCGUUAUUAUGGGGACCAACCGUCUCCGCACUCUCCCAUGCUUUCGACAAGACUGGCGACGAAUCGGUAAUUCGGAAGACGAUUGGUGGAUUCAAAAAGUGUGCUUUCAUUGCGGCAUCGCCACGGAUCAUGUCGUGCGAGAUAUUUGAUAAUAUUGUGGUGACGUUGUGUAAAUACUCGACAUUGCAAAAUUCUACGGAUCCCAUCUCGGUUCUGCCGAUAUCCUUUGGACAGAAUACUAAGGCGCAGUUAGUGACCAAGACGAUGUUUAAUCUGGUGCACCAGCAUGGAGAUAUUUUACGCGAUGGUUGGAAGAACAUUGUGGAAUGUAUUGUGCAGCUGUUCCGUGUGCGAUUGCUGCCUGAAUACUUUUACACCGGUGAUGAUUUUGGGCUGCAGAAGACGGUAUCUUUGAUCCGUGAAGAUCCCGUUAUACCCAAACAGGAGAGCGGAAUUUUGAAUUCGUUUUUCAAUUUUAUUGCUUUCGAUUCCGGUAGUCGCAGUACGGUAUCGCUGCAGGAAGAAACAGAGCUGAAAAAUAUUGCCAAAGGGUGCGUGGAGGAAUGCAAAAUCAGCGAUCUGGUGAUCGACAGCAAAUUUCUGCAGAAUGAAUCGCUGAAACAUUUUGUGGAUGCAUUGAUUGUGACGGGAAAGAAUGGACAGAAACCGGUGCAAGAAAGCAAUCCAUCAGGUUCGACGCAGGAGAAAGGCCCGGUUACGAUCAACGAAGACCAGGCGAUCGUCUGCCUGGAGACGUUGGUGAAAGUCCUUAUUGAAAAUCGCGAUAGACUGGGGGAACAGGGUCUGAAAUUGUGGCCCGUUGUGCAUGAUUACUUCUUCACGACUUUACUUCAGGAAAAUCGCAGUGAAAUGACUUUCCUCUCAGAGAGAGCGGUCGUGGGUUUGUUGCGACUAGCCGUGCGCUUUCUUCGUGAUCAUGACAAAGAAUUACAGCAAGAAGUCCUGCGGUCGUUAAAACUCCUUCAAGGCAUACGAGUGGAAUUCUUUAACCGAAUAUCGCGACAGGUGACAUUUGCCUUGUACGAUCUGUUUCAAGCCAAUGCCACCGCCAUUAAAUCCAGCGAAGAUUGGGGCUUUCUUUUAACCUUGCUGGAAUGUGCUGGCGCUGGCUUGCGCUCUUCAACAGCUAAGGAUAAAGAUCUCAGCAAACCCGACAGCCCUCCACUGGUUCGCGUCCAGCCGGAAGUCGACUCCGAUCGCGGUUAUACAUCCGACCCGGAAUUGUACGACAAUCAGUCCUCCUUGAGUCCGGCCGGCAGUAUGACCUGGUUGAUGGUGGGAAAGGAAGGGGAGAUUGUGGAAACCGGCAGCGCUGGCGAGCGCAACAUGCUGGUAUUUCCCUUUGAGUUUGUCCAUCAUGACAAGAGCGCCUUCUUUACCGCCGUAGAAUCGUUGAGGUUUUUGAUUAAAGAUACCGGUCGUAUUGUGCCGGAGAAUAUGGCCGCGCUAGUGCAUUGUUUGUGCGUGUUUGCGGAAGCCAGUGUGAAUGGGAGUGCGGGGAUUAAUGGCAGAGUGCAGAGGACAGUGUUGAAAAAGAUGGAUAAACGAUUACAGCAGAAAAUCCAAGCGGAAAGACGCACGGCGGGAAAGAAUCAGAGUCGUCCUGUGUCGACACCAGUUAGUCCCGGUGAUGAAGACAGUUCGGAUUAUAUUAAAGAAUCUCUGGUGCUGUUAGAUGUGAUGCACACAGUCCAUGUUCGGGCGUUUUCCGUUUGCCGCAGUAUGAGAAUUGAUUUAUGGACGGAAGUGUGGUGUCCGCUGCUACGUGCCAUGGCACGGUUAUGUUGUGAUUAUCGAAAAAUUGUCCGGACGGAUGGAUUGACGUGGCUGAACCGGUCACUGCUUAUUCCUGACUUGCAAGCCUUAACGCCGCAACAAUGGGAAGAAUGCAUUCUCAAAGUCUUAUUUCCUUUAUUACUGGCGUUGAGAAGUGAUGGAAAACAGCCUACGAAUAUGGAAGAAACUAUCGUUCGAGCUGCACCGCUGGUUUGCAAGGUAUUCUUGCAACACUUAUCAUCUCUUUUGAGCCUACCCACAUUUGGGGAAUUAUGGAUGUCGAUCCUUGAUCUGUUGGAGCAGUUUUUGAAAUCCGAUAGCAAAUCGGAUCUUGUGAAAGAAGCCGUGUUAGAAUCAAUCAAGAAUAUGCUGCUGGUGAUGAGCACAGCAGGUGUAUUCCAGGAAUAUACAGCGGGAAUCAUCCACGAGAAUGUUCUGUGGGAUAACACGAAAGCCAAAGUAGAUUCCAUUGUGCCCGGUCUGAUCCAGCAUCUGUUGGAAAUCACCAAGGCCCCGCCGGCGGAACGUCCGGUUCCCGUCCGUUCUCCCUCACCGGAUCCGUCCGCCACGGUACCCUUCCAGCUCUUGACCACGGAGCCGGUCUCUGCAUCGCCACCCAGCUCGUCAUUGCUGCUGGAUCCCGGUAUUCUCCAGUCGUUCCCCAUUCCCACGUUGCCUCUCAGGAAUGAAAUGAAACCCUCAGGACUCACCAAAGAUGACUCAGCAAUCCCACCAAGAACAGCUUGAUCCUUCUGGAGACUGAGGUCGUUCUCAUGACAGUUUCCACUGGGAAAUUCAAAAAAAUUUUAAACUGGUCUUGUUUUUCUUUGAUUGAUCCUGUGUUACCACGUAUGCAUGGUGAAGAAAGCAAAUUUUAUGUUUUGCCUGCAUUAUUUUAAACCCGUAGAGAAUUUAUCCGUGCGGAUUAGUAAAUAUGUUUAAAUUGUCGCUUUUUAUAAACCGACUUUUGAGGCGGAUGAUGUUCAAUUCGUAACGGAAGUGGAGUUCAUGAAGCAGACAUUUUCGUUCGUGCUUUGUGAUCUUGCGAUCGGAAUGGUUGCUUGAGUACGACAGAAGCAGC